AAUGUGCUUCUCCUAACGCUGACUACCCAAGCAUUCUAAUCUUCCUAUUAACUCCACUUGCGAGCGAAACAACUACCAGUAUGCGAUAUAUCCUUUCCUUCCUUUGUAUCUUCUACACUUUUUCCAUCGCUACCGUCAUCAAAAGAGCCUCGGACCCAUGUCCCUACCACCGCAUCGACGACAGUCCAGGCCAGCCUCUAAUCCCCGAUGAAUACUUGGUCAAUCUUCGGGAUAAUUAUACAAUUGAACAGCACUUCCAGUUCCUAGGCCAAAAUCUCUCUCAAACAGCAGAUAUCUUUCAUCAUAUGCCCAUCCUCAACAUAUAUCAUAUUCGUAUCGAUGAGAGGUUUAUGCAUAAAAUCAUUCGGUAUGAUCCAGGUGUGGAGUCUGUUUCUCACAAUAUGGUCUUCGCUCCUGAGCUUCAUUGGCAUUCUGAUGACACCAAACCGUAUCACUCUAAUGCUCGUCAGAAGAGAUGGAAGACAAGGGAGGCUUUUCUACCAUGGUGGGAAGAUUGACUCUUAGGUGGGGUAUUCAGGAUGAUGUUAAGGGGGGUAAUUGGCACCUUGCGGCACGUCUCAACUCUUUUCUAAGCCCAUCCUUGUAGUACUUAGGCUGGUAGUAGGGAGACUGAACAGUCGCUGGAUGAUUAGGUCUAAGUGCUUUCCCUCACCAUCGCGUCUGAGGCAUCUCUGAUUUUUUUCGUGAUAACGGUAUCCGUAUAGAAACUGCUGAUCGAUAGCGGGAAAGGAGUUGAUGUAUACGUUUUAGACAGUGGGAUCCGCACUACUCACACAAUUUUCCACAACGGACGAGGCUCUGUUCG